AAUCGAGUCAGUGCUGCGCGCGGUUGUGAACGCGUGCGCACGCCGCUGUGCCCCGUUCUUUAUUCAAAACAAACGAAACCCGCCGAACCGAUAAGACCGAUGUGUUUAAAAUUCGAAUGUCGAAAUAUAAAAAAGUAAAUUGUGUUAAGUGCCAGUUCAAGUGACAAUUCACGUUGUAAUUUGCUAAACCGAUUACGUUCAGCCUAGACAAGUGCAGGCUAUUGUUUUCUUUGUUGACGUGCACCAGCUGUCAAAAUAUACGGAUUAUCAAGGUAAACAACUUCAGUGCACUUCGUCAAAUCGUGUUUUGCUUUUGUUAAUUGGGUAAUUCCUCCGUUACAAUAUAAUUCCAGCUUCACAUUGAGCCGAGGCCGAAACUACAUUGUAAAAGACUGGCCGAAAAAAAACCAAAUGUCUGGAACGCGAUAACGAUGGCUGAAUUGUGAUGUGCCUUAGUGAAUAAUGUUGUAGUUGUUCCAUUUUUGAAUUUUGGACAAUGAACACAAGUGAAUCGUAGUAGAAAGUUAUAAAUAUGGCGCACAAAGUGAAGAACAAUCAUUACGUGGCCACUCAUAGGUCAGGAGUGGACUCUCCGUCAUCUGGAGGGUAUAUACACAGAGCAUCGUCAAGAGAUGAGAAUGACAGCCAUCGAGCACCUUCGGAGAGGACCUUGUCUGAGUAUACGACAAUGGAUGAGAGGACGCGGUCACCGUCAGGCGGUGGUGACCAUCGCAACGGACGGCGGCACCAGCAGUCGAACGGUUCGCCGCGCGCCGACUCCGGCUCCGACGUAUAUGUCACCAGCGCCGCAUACAGACCACCUUCUGAGAUCAGCCGGCAGUCCCGCGCGCCUCGCAGUGUCUACUCCUACAGGAGUGCGGUGGCGCCAUCUGUGGCAUCGACCCACCGUUCUAAGGUCUCCAGGAAGGCCGGAGUGAAGGUGGACGCCAUGGCGGCCCCAAAUCCGUUCUGCCCCAACGUAAAGGGCAUGUGCUGUCUGAUGCUGCUGCUGAACCUGGGCCUCAUCCUCGUGACCCUCGGCUUCGUCAUAGUGCUGCAGUUCUUCGAACCGCUGUUUGUUUGGAUCCUGGGUAUCGUCUUCCUGAUAUUCGGUUUCAUCACACUCGUGGGCAGCCUCAUAUACUGCGUGGUAUUGUGCAGAGAAAAUCCAUAUCCUCACUACCCUGAUGAUUUCUACUGGACCCACCACUGGUCCAAAACCAUUGGGCCUUCCGAGAUCCACUACAGUUCUAGUGAUAAGCAAUAUAGACAAAACGGGCAUAGAUACAGUAACGGGAAAUACUCUGACAGAGAGAGCGCGAAAGGAUAUUCUGACAGAGAAAGCAAGCUCAGCAGAUAUUGAGGUUAUGUCAUAUUUAAAUUUGGAAUCUCUCGAAGUCUAUUGUCUUUGACAAUUUCGGUGGGCUGGUUUCGUGGCAAUGAUGUUAACUGGCCAGCAACAUUACAGCAUAUAAGUGACUAAUUAUUCGUAUUUUAAAUAAAAAAAACUGAAGGGCCGGAAAGUGUUUGCCCUUGUCAAUAAAAAUCAGUCAUCUUGAUACGGACCAAACAAUUUUGAUCUUUGAAUAAUCGUUUCAUGAAUAAUAGUUCAAAUGAAAUGAGUUCUGUGAACUAAUAAUUUACACUUUUUAUAAAAUAUUAUGUUUUGUUUGUAAAAUAAAAUAUUUAAUGUUGCUAUUUAAAUUGUCACUUAAAAGAAUAUUUAGAACGCUUUACUAAUAAAAAUAGAGAAUUAUAUGUUAUAUAAGAAUAAAUGGAAAUAAUUCCAAUAUAUUAUUGUACUUAUUAAAAAUAGUAACAAUUACUUACUUGUUUACGUAUUUUUAAAUAAUUACGUAUAAUUUAAAUGUAAAUAACAAUUUGUUAGUAUGAACACUCUGAUAUAAAUGCCAUAUUAAUUUUUAUCUUUAAAUUCUAAGAGUGUUUUAUUUAAAAUGAAAAAGUAAGGUAAAUUUUAUUUAUAAUGUGAAAUAAACUUUUAUACUGCCAGCUCGAUAAUAUAAGGUCCAAAUUAUAUUUUUUUCAAAAAGAAUUAUAUCUCUGACCAAGUUUUUAUAAAAACAUAUUUUUGUAAAUCAAAAUAAUGUGACACAAUUUGAUACUUUACAAAAACUUAUUAUGUACAGUAAAACAAAUCGAAAAUAUGAUUAAAAUAUAAAGAUCUGCGAGCUGUGAAUUGUAAAAUUAGUUUAUUGAUUCAAAUUUACCCAACCGCAUGAAAAAGAGGGUAAUAUUAAAAUGGUGUAAUCAGUGAGUUUUAAACAUGUAAAAAAUUAAUACUUGUUUGUAAGUAAUUAAAGAAAUAUACAGAU